UUUUUUCUUUUCUUUUCUUUCGCGUGAAAUUUGUCACCAAAGCUUCAAAAAAAAAAAAUCAAAAUAGAUAUAGACAUUUAUAUAUAUGUAUAGCAUGAAGAUCCAAUUUUUAAUAUCUUAUUUCAUGGUGUUCCUUUUCGCUUUCACAUCGGCAAGGCCUCUUACAGAAAGAGGAUUGGCUGGUAAUAUUGUAAACACAGUUAAAAAGUUACUUCACCAUGGUAUUGGUACUUUUUUUGAUCCUGAAUCUGAAGGUGGAGCUCAAGGCGCUUGUGGACCUUAUGCUGAUGAAAAUUCACAAAUUGUAGCCAUGAAUGCUGUGCAAUAUGGCAAUCUGAACAAGAAAAGUCAUUGGUGUGGAAAGAAACUCAAGAUUUGUAGUAAAGGUAAAUGUACUAUUGCUACUGUUACAGAUGCUUGUCCUGCUUGUAAAAAAGGUUGUCUGGAUCUUACACCUGCAGUUUGGGGACAACUCGAAAGUGAUUACAACAAGGGCAUUAUUCCAAUUGAAUGGGAUAUUUAUGAUGGUGAAGAUGAUGAAAGUACAUAAAAGAAAAAAAAAAUGAGUUUACACAUAUUGUCUUUUUUUUUUUCAUAUCUCCCGCCUUUCCCUUUCUCCUCAAUUACUCCCCUCUCCUUUUUUUUCAUUUUUUUUUUUUAAAAAAAA